AUUCUUCUCUAUCUUUCUGAAAUCACAAAACGCAAUCGCCGGAGAUGGCCGCCACUUCCGCCGCUGCUGCAGCUGCUUCUUCCAUCAUGGGUACUCGGGUUGCUCCCGGUAUCCAUCCCGGUUCAAGUCGGUUCACGGCCCUGUUCAGUUUCGGAAAGAAGAAGGCAGCUCCCAAAAAGAGUGCGUCCAAAAAGACGGUGACUACGGACCGGCCUCUUUGGUACCCUGGCGCCAUUUCUCCUGAAUGGCUCGAUGGUUCGUUGGUUGGAGACUACGGUUUUGAUCCCUUUGGUUUAGGUAAACCGGCCGAGUAUCUCCAAUUCGAUAUCGAUUCACUAGACCAGAAUCUGGCUAAGAACUUGGCGGGAGACGUGAUCGGAACCCGUACGGAAGCUGCCGACGCCAAAUCGACGCCGUUUCAGCCGUACAGUGAGGUGUUCGGAAUCCAGAGAUUCAGGGAAUGCGAGCUGAUCCACGGACGCUGGGCGAUGCUUGCUACUCUCGGCGCUCUCUCCGUCGAGUGGCUCACCGGCGUUACUUGGCAAGACGCCGGCAAGGUGGAGCUUGUAGAUGGAUCGUCCUACUUGGGGCAGCCGUUACCGUUCUCGAUCUCGACAUUGAUAUGGAUCGAGGUGUUAGUGGUCGGGUACAUCGAGUUCCAGCGUAAUGCCGAGCUUGACUCGGAGAAGCGUUUGUACCCGGGAGGCAAGUACUUCGACCCGCUAGGCUUAGCGGCUGACCCGGAGAAGAGGGCUCAACUUCAAUUAGCCGAGAUCAAGCACGCACGUCUUGCGAUGGUCGCCUUCUUGGGAUUUGCGGUUCAAGCGGCUGCAACGGGUAAAGGUCCACUCAACAAUUGGGCUACUCACCUCAGUGAUCCACUCCACACCACCAUCAUCGAUACCUUCUCCUCCUCUUAAUAAAAUCAUGUUUAUCAUCUGAUUCUAUUUGUAACUUUUGUAUAAACAGAGCUAUGAUACUGAAUCGAGUAUGGGCUUUUGCUCGUUUGGUUUAUUUACUUGUUUCGGCCCAUGACAUUAUAUUGGCCUUUUCCGAAUUUAUUAUUACCUACUCGUUAUAGAUUCUCAAAAUGAAACUGGCUAUUUCGC